AUGUAUACGUGUAGGAGUAGGUUAGGUUUGCGGAAGCCACAAGCAACCGACUAUUGUACUAGUAUUCUAUAUCUAUUCCAUCUACUGCCAAAUAGAAGAGGUACAAUGGGAACUGAAGCCAACGACAGAGGUCCUGCGCACGCUGAAGCUCGCCCAGUGUGCAGGUUACGUGAGUUUUUGGGAUUUUUUUACUCCUGAGGGAUUCUCUGAGAGAGCGGAUUUAUCCGUGAGAAUCUGGGCUUUUUAACUCUUGGUUGGUUUUAUUUUGAGACAUCAGAUAGCUAUCGCCCGCUUAUCCAUUAGUUGACAAUUUUUCGCUUUUUCUGCAGUAGGUUACUUCAAAAUUCGCGCGCAAAACAAUUUCAGAUUUUUAUAAACAGGAAAGUGAAGAAAUGGAACUUGUGGUAAGUUUAAACGUGUUGGGUUGUAUCCACACGUUGUCUCGUAUUUUUUAAAACCUCUGGUCGCAUGAUUAUAUGUUUUUUUCCCCUUAUUCUGACGCGCGGCAGCUUGUUUCCAACAAGUGUACAAAAGGUAAGCCCGCAAGGCAGGCGUCCACAUCCGGAUGUAAUAAUUUUUUUGUUGCACGUAUACACCCUCUCACACUAACUAUUUUUAGCAUGAAACGAAUAGUUAACCCAAAAAGCACAAUUUGAAUAUUUAUGACACAUCAGCUCAAAUGCCGUAAUCUGACCUCAAAAACGUAUCUGCCGAGCAGAUGCAAAUAAAAGAGUCAAAAGGAUUGCGCAAGAGGGUCAACACCAACAGAUAAGUGUAAUAAAUAUAUCACAAUCGCAUUCAUCGAAUUGCGCAAUCAGGUCAUCGGAUUAUUUUUAUUGCUCAAUCGGGUAACAAUUCAAACAAUGGAAAGGGCCACAAGAGAUGAAUAGUCUGCGACACCCAUGUGGGCUGAGCAAUAGGUACCAGUGCUAUCAGAAACAAUUCAUUUGUUGGUAGACGUACCACAAGAUGGAGGGUAGUUCAGAGAUGCCCGGUUUCUGGUUUUCUCAAUUGGCAAUUUUAUUUAAUUUUUUUUCUCACGCCUACCGAGGCACAUUUUACCGAAGUUCAUUCUUGCAUGUGUCCCCCAACCCUAAGCCACACUUUACCCCACUCAAUCUCAAUUUUCACCGCAUGUACCGUAAUUUUCAUACGUUACUAAGACUGUUUUCAUUUCAGAAAACCAUUGAUCGCCAGCAAGAAGACGCCUUAGCCCGGCACGAAAGAGCCCACAGACGAAAUCUACUCCUCCUCCAAAACCAACAACGCCAGCAGCAGCAAGAUCGUCAAAUCAGACAAUUGCGACAUCUGCAGGACAGAAUAGAGGAUCAGGAGGACGACGAGGAAGCUCCAAGAAAUAACCAAGCACCUCGACAAAGAAUGGGUGAACACGCUCAACAACCAGCCCAACCAUUUCUGGGAAGAACUAUCUUCUUGGAGACACCAAAAUUCACUGGCAAAGGAGCAUUCUCAUCAUUCGUUCGUAAGCUCAACGAUUUUUUAAAUGCUAAUCUGCUUGACGAGGAGCAAGGAAGAAGACUUCUUCCUUCUCUUCUAGACGGAAGAGCGAGAGACGCCUUCGAAAAUCUCAAUCCCGAAGUGCGUGAAGGCCCAUGGAAUGCUAUGAUGGAUCGCCGUGCGACGAAAUUCACACAGAAGAUCGCCAACUCAUUGCUCGAACCGAAUUGGGUCUUAUCAAACAAGGAGGUCGAACAGUCGAGGAAUUUUUCAAACAAUGCAAAGAAUUGGGCAACCAAGCUUGGCCAGGCGAGGCUAAUCGUCAAAUCAAAGAAGCGAUGAUAACAUCCAGCUUCAUCAAUGGUCUCAAAGCUGAAAUUCGACUACAUGUCCAAAGAUCUCAACCAACAAGUGCUGAAGAUGCUUUCAAAGCUGCGAGACGAGAAGAGGCGAUUCAGUCGCUGGAAUCUACGGAGAACGUUGCUGAAGCCAUUAACAAUCUUUCGGCAAGAAUUGACAGCCUUGCAGCAAAGCAAGAGGAAAUCAACUUCACAAGCACCAACCAUUGGGGAAACGAUACUAGCGAUAAUCAAGGAAAUGGUGGUUACAACAACAACCGUCCCAACGAAAAUCGCAACAACAACGAUCGUUCAAAUGGUAACAAUUGGUCCAAUAGAUCGAAUAAUCGGUUCAAUGGGAACAACAAUCGACCCAAUGAUGAUUGGGACUAUGAUCGGAAUGGAAACGGUAACCAAUAACAAUCCUAUCAACCACUAACUUCAUUUGUAAACUCGUCUCAAUCCGAUUGGGAUGAAAAGUUGCCUUUCAUAAUCUUCGCAAUCAACUCAACGCCACAUGCUAUCACCAAGAUCAGUCCACACAUGGCUUGCAAGAAAUGAGUCGGAAGAAUCGGAAGAGGAGCACAUGGUGGAAGACGUUGAUCAAGAGAUAGUGGAGAAGCAGCCCAACAUAACACAACCCAGAAGAUCACAAAGACUACGUGCCAAACAUAUGGAAUGA